AUGUACAAGUGUUACUGCAGAGUCAGAGAUUACUGUGUGGAGAAAGGAGGCCACAUGGUGAUUAUAACCAGCCAAACUGAACAGGACUUUUUAUUCUCAAAAAAAAUUAAAAAACACUGGAUUGGAUUGAAUGACUUGAAGACUGAGGGUCAGUGGAUGUGGGUGAACAACCAGCCCUUAAAUGAGACGGGUGUAACGUUAUGGUUUAGUUCUCCAGGGGGAGCAAAUGAGCCUGAUAACUGGACAAAGAUGGACCCUUCUGGAGAGAAUUGUGCUGCUCUGGGGGAUGCAAAUGGUAACAUACAUAAAUGGUUUGAUGCUUCUUGUAGUACAAUGAAAAAGUGCAUCUGUGAAAAGUAAAA